UCUGAAUGCCUAAUUUUCCAGGAACUAUCAAAAGUGUAUUAUCAAAUCUUAAGAUAAAAGAAAGAUUUCUGACUUUCAUCAUUAUUUUGUAUCGAGCUCUGCUUAACUCAAAUGGAAAAAAUCAUUUUGGUAUUCGGUGCAGCAACGAUAUGUUCUGCCAUAUUUCUUCCUUUAGACUUUUCAAACAGGAAAACUAUGGUGAAUUUAUGUGUUUAUUCAGUAAAUCCAACGAAGUAUAUGCCAAAGUGUUAUCUGUGUCCGACUGCUAUUUAUAGCAUGGUUUUACAAACCUGUGUUAACGCAGCAGCCAUUCCGACAAAUGUAUCUUACACGCAGGCCAUUUGCUUGGAACAAAACUGUGCGAUUGGUCGAGGUAAACGUAGUAUUUCGAGUUCCAGUGAGGAGGAUAAUUCCUUGGAGUGGCAUGAACACGACUCGAACUCUGUGGAACUAAUUCAGCUUCCUAAUAAGCCACAGCCCAAGGGAAACGUAUCUUCAAAUUACACUGAUGAUAAAUCCAUAGAUAUUGUGCUGGAGGAAGAAACGUAUGCUUCUGAUGACGUCAGCUUCGAAUACGAGGGUGACUACGAUGUAGACUAAUGAAAAUUACCAUUAGAUAUCACGGUUGGGGGGAAAUUCAAUAUUCUGAACUCGAUUUGUGAGACAAUUUUUCUGUUUACGCAACGCAUUAUCAUUUCCCUUAUGUAUGAUCAAAGCUUGAUUUACAAAUAUUUGUUGAAAUAUGCACUAAUGAUCUCGAAAAUGAGAAAAAGGUAAAAUAAAUCUAUU